GGGAUCCGGCUGGAACCGGUUGGGCCGCGUCCGGCUCUAUAUAAAACUUUAUAAACACCCGAUUCCAAUUAGUGGGGUCGGGACCAGCUCAGGCCGCCGGGUGCAGCCCCGCGCACCGCUCCCCGCACCGCGCCCCGCAGCCCCCCGCGACCAGCGCGCCCGGCUCCCCCACCCCCGCCUCCCCGCGCCGCUCCCUCCGCCCCCUCACGCCGCCCGGCGCGCUCCGCUCGCCGCUCACACUCACACACGCUCACACACUCACCCACACACGCUCACACGCGGAGCCAUGCCGAAGAGAAAGGCUGAAGGAGAGACCAAGGGCGAUAAGGCCAAAGUUAAGGAUGAGCCACAGCGGAGAUCAGCGAGGUUAUCUGCUAAGCCUGCUCCUCCCAAGCCAGAGCCCAAACCUAAAAAAGCAGCCCCAAAGAAGAGCGAGAAGGCGCCCAAGGGGAAGAAAGGAAAAGCUGAUGCUGGCAAGGAGGGAAACAACCCUGCAGAAAAUGGAGAUGCCAAAACAGACCAGGCACAGAAAGCCGAAGGUGCUGGUGAAGCCAAGUAAAACGUGUGAAUUUUUGAUAACUGUGUACUUCUGGUGACUGUACAGUUUGAAAUACUAUUUUUUAUCAAGUUUUAUAACAAUGCAGAAUUUUGGUUUACUUUUUUUUAAGCUAUGUUGUUAGCACACAGACCGCUUCAUUGUUGUGUUCUGGGGGGUGGGGGGCAAUGGGGACAAAUGUCAUUUAGUCUAUUUCUCAAAACCUAAAUUUUAAUAAGAAAAGCUUCUGCCAGUCCCCCAGUUUUUGGAAGAAGGGCCCUUCCUGCAGGGAGGAAGAAGGGAUUCCCCCGUGCUGCGUGUCAGCUCUGUCCAAGUGAACAUCAGAGCUCCCGAGAUGCUGUUGCCUGCUCCAAAUCCCAGUGCCACCAGUCCUCCCCCGGUGUCCCCCUGUUCACCCAGAGCCAUCACUCCAAACCACAGCAGAGCUGGGACGCUCCCCUGUCAGAUGAUCCCGAUUGCUGGUGUCCAGUCUGGGAUGUCCUGGCUCAAAAAGGAGCUGCACUUCCUCUUUUCCAUUGUGGACCCUCAGAUGCAGAAAUCUGCCUCUGGCGUUUGUUUCCUCUCGCAGUCAGGGUGGGUUUGUGGGCGUUGUCAGACAGCGCCCGUGUGAACGUCUCCACCCUCACUCUAAACUCGCCCUCUGCCCGUGCAAGGUGGAGAUUCUGACGGCUUUUAGCAACUUCUCCAUUUCAGCAGUCCACAAAGGGAGGGGAGUUUGACAGUUGUUGUAAAAUGUUGCGGAUUGUAGCCCAUGUCCUGCCUAAAUUACCAUGAUUGUUCAUGAAAAGUACCUUUAAUAAAGCUGGAUACGGUUUGGCUUGGACUGUU